CUCUUUUCAAAUUUACUUCUUCCCUCUCUCUCUCUGCGCUCAUCAAUGGCGAAGGCAAUGAGUCCAAAACCGCCAGCAGCGCCGAGGAGUACGGCGUCGACGGCGAGCCGUCCCGAAUCGCCUACCAGUCCGCUUUUCGUUUUGUGCUCCAACGACGACCAGCUCGAACGUGCACAGGCACGCGUGGCACGCGCCGCCGCUAUUCGUCGCAAGGCGGCUACAGUUUCCGCUCAUUCUUCUCUACCGGACGAUCGUUGUCUCAGCGGAAAACAGAUUAUAAAACUCUUUCAAGAAUGUAUCAAACUCGCCAGCGAAAAUAAAAUAACCCAGAAGAACACGUGGGAGCUUAAGCUUAUCGAUCAUCUUAGCGACAUUAUUAAGGUUGGAACGGAAAAUGGCGCGGAGACUAAUUUUCACAAGGCAAGUUGCACAUUGGAAGCCGGGUUGAAAAUCUACUCGGCGAGGGUGGAUUCAUUGCACGCUGAGGCAUAUAAGGUCCUAAGUGGGAUGAAUCGAGCUCGUCUUGAAGAUGAACAAGUAACUACCACAGAGGAUGGCCAUGUCAGCAACAAGCAGGGUAGGGAGAAAGAGUCAGAGAGGAAGAUAGAUCCAAUGUCGACAGUGGAAUCCUCCUUCGAAGCUCUUAACAUAAAGAAGUUUGAUGUCACAUUGGUGGCGGAUCCUCUAUAUCAUCAAACGUUUGCACAGUUGGAUGAAGGUGGAGCCAAGGGUCUGCUACUGAAUAACCUUGGAGCAUGUGGAGGAUGCCAGGUGCUUUCUGAUGCGUACGAAGUUCCAGGGAAGUGCAGAUCAUGUUCAUUGCAAAGUACUGCCUUGGAAUUGAUUGAUCUCUCUUUUGCCAAAGAAUCUCUUGAGCAGAUGGUGGUGGGCAUACGCGCAAAGACUGAAAUAUGUCCUACUCUCAAGGAGAUAUUUUGCCAAUUUGAUGAAAAUAAUCAUCGAUCAUCUCAAGAUUUUAAUAUAAGCCAGAAUGCAGAUCUCAAAACGGAUCCCUUCAAUGCUGCGGACUAUUACAAAUUGAACAUUGAUCAAAAUGAUCAUAUGGGUGGUGAUCAAGAGAAUAUGAGUUUCGGACCUUCAUUUCAAAGUCAUCAUGAGGAUAAUAACUCCCAUACAUCAUAUGAAGCGGAUGUGGAUGACAGAUUUGAGAAAGUUUCUAUGUUUUUGUUUCAAGGUUUGCGAUUAAAGGAAAAUUCAUGGGCUGGUCCUGAUCACUGGAAGUAUAGGAGGCCUAAGGGUUCAGAGGAAGCUCCUGCCACUCGAAGCAGACCAGCUACUAAUAUAUCAAAGAACAAAAACUAUAAGGAAGUUGAGCUUGAUUUCACAGCAUCUCUAGACAACGAAAUUCCAAAUGUCUUUGCUGUGCCAAAAAAUUUCAAGUCUUUACUCCUACCUCCAAAUAGAAUACCUGUCAGUAACAGGCUUCCAGAUGACUGCCAUUAUAAACCUGAGAAUCUUGUCAAGUUGUUUCUUCUUCCCAAUGUUCUGUGCCUUGGGAAGAGAAGACAACAGCAUACAGAUUAUAACUCCUGGAAACAAAGUCACAAUUUUGAUGUAGCAUUGCCAUCAUGGGACGAUGAGAGUGUGCUUAGUGGCCAAUAUAAUGAUGGAUGUAUUCAUAGCGAUGUAGAAGACUCGGAUACUCUUGUUUCUCCACCUCGUCAGGUAAGCAACCUUGAAGUUCAGUACGACAGAACUUCAAAACAAGUUGAUGUUCAUGCAUUGAAGGAAACUCUGUGGGGUCAUAUGCAAGAAUCUGCCAGAGUUCCUACUGCGAAGGAAUUCAAAGACACCAUAUCCUUCAAGUAUGUCCUGGCUACCUUUCCUGUCAAUUGCCAAGCUGCAGCGGCUCAGGAUAUCACGCCCCAUUUGUGUUUCAUCUGCCUUUUGCAUCUAGCUAAUGACCGCGGGCUAAGCAUAGAUGACUGCCCAACUUUAGAUGACAUGAACAUUCAUCUUCCAUCUCGUCGAAUCUCAGAUGGAGUGGACCAGCCCUCAUCGUAGGCAAAGAUGUAGUGUACAUUUUGAUAUGUGAAUAUUUGAAGCCGGCUUGUCAUCGCCAUAUGCAAGCAACCGGGGCCUUUCGAGCAGUACUGAAAGAAACGUAAGCCUAUUUCAGUCGCCUUGAUUCUCAUGUUUUGCUGCAUGCUGUUGUGUUGAUUUUGAGCACGCCCUGGACUUGCCUAGGCUAAUCCAGCUUCUGUAUAUGCUGUUCAAUGUGUCGUGUGAAUUUGAUAUGAAAUAUCAACUCCUAAUUUGCUUCCUGUGCAAUAAUUUUAUUUGAUUUUUUGCUUGCAACCAAACUUUUUAUGACCAACCUUCUAGUUUAA